AUGUUGUGGGAGGCCCGGGUCAGAAAUGGUCAUAUUAAACGCAUCACUGACAGUGAUAUUCAGUCCUUGGUAUUAGAACUCAUUGGAACAAACGUUAGGUUUGAUAAGCUUCAUGUUAUACUUAAAUUCAGUUCCACUUAUAUCACGUGCCCUGCUGACCCUAGUAAAACUUUGGGGAUCAAACUUCCGUUUUUGGUUUUGAUUGUCAAAAAUCUCAAAAAGUACUUUACCUUUGAAAUUAUGGUAUUAGAUGAUAAAGGCAUUCGAAGGCGUUUCAGAGCUAGUAAUUAUCAGAGCACCACUAGAGUGAAACCUUUUAUAUGUACUAUGCCUAUGCGUUUGGACGAGGGAUGGAAUCAGAUCCAAUUUAAUAUGGCAGAUUUUACUAAACGCGCAUAUGGGACAAAUUUUGUAGAGAUUAUGAGGAUUCAGGUGAGUGCUUUGGUCCUUGUAAAAUUUGAAUACAGUAGUUACGCUGCUUGUGAUUUUAGUUUAUGUAAAAUAAUUGAGCAAGACAAAUUAUGA